UCUCCACACCACUUUCCCCUGUCUCUAUCUCUCUCUCUCUCUCUCUCUCUCUCUCUGUUUUCUAGGGCUUCUCUGCAAUGAAGGCAUUGGUGGUGGUGGUGGUGGUGGUCCUCUUAGCCGUCUGGUUUCCGGUUGAUGGCGGCGCCGCGGCGGUGAAGGUGGGGAAUGUUUCCAAGGUGGAAGAUGCGGUGAACUUCAGGAUUUAUUAUGGACAGUCGUUUAAAGUUAUUAAGAACGCCAUUGAUGGCAACAGCUACCUUCUCAUUCAGAAUAAUUCUAAGAUGGCUGGAAGAACAAAGUACUGCACUUCAAGGAUCAAAUCUUACGUCAUUCCUUUGAAUAAUUACUCCAUUGAUACCCAUCUCUUCCCAGUUUCCUUCUUCGAGCUUCUAGGGUUAGUGGGUAACUUGAAGGCCAUAACGUCGGAGAGGGUGACGUCAGAGUGCGUAUUGAAGCAAUAUGAAAAAGGGGAAAUUCAGAUUAUAAAUAAAACGGAAACCCAACAGCUGGCACAGUUUGCAGCUCACUUUAUUGCUGACGUGGACCAACCACAGUCCUGCAAUUUCGCCACCUUUCUUCCUUCCUCCGAGGAUACGCCUUUGCAAAGAGCAGAGUGGAUAAAGUUCUUGGGAGUUUUUGCAAACCUUGAAGCAAGAGCCACUCAAAUUUACUCUGCGAUGAAGGAAAAUUACAUGUGCCUGAAGAACAUAGCAACCACCAGAAAGAGUUUCAAACCCAUUGUUGCUUGGAUGGGUUACUCCGAUGGCACGUGGUCUUUCACAAAGGAUGCUUACAAGCUUAAGUACAUAGAAGAUGCGGGAGGAGAGAAUGUGGAUGACUCUAUCAACAAAAUCACGUACAACGUCUCAAAUCCUGACGACUUAGAUGCCUUUCAUGGCAUUCUAUGCACGGUAGAGGUGAUCAUCGAUGAAACGUUUACAUUAGACCCAACAGUGUACAACAUGUCCACGUUUCUCGAAUUGAUCAACAUUCAAGACCAAUCUUGCCUCUCGUUUCUUUCUACUCAGAGCAUUUGGCGAUUCGAUAAACGAUUUCUCGACUCCACGACUCUCGAUUGGUUGGAUGGAGCAAUGUCACAGCCGCAGUUGGUAUUGGCAGACGUCAUACACAUUUUGUUCUCUAUGCCCAAUUACACUACCACCUAUUUUAGGAACUUGGCUAAGGAGGGAGUUAGACGCAUUAGUUCAGAAAUGUGUGGGAGGGAGAGUUCGUCUGCAUUGGAGCCCACCAUCAUAGCGUGUGAAUGAUUUUACCCUCUCUUUUCAUUUCUUAAUUUUCACCUUCCAUUUCUAUCUCAUAUUUAGCAUAAUAUUUUUGGAUGUAACCCUUUUUUUUUAUAUAAUGAAAAGUUGAAGAAUACUGUAUUUUUCUUCCAUAA